AUGAACGUCAAGCGUUGUUCGUGGGUGACGGAUUGGAAGGUAGGGCCGAGCGUUUGCUUGAAUCCACGACGCCAACCUUCAAUUCAUGACACUGUUGGAUGUAGAACUAGAACUGAAGGCUGACUGUGGGUACCUCCCGUGAGGAUCAGAAUGACUUGCAGCGAGCUCGUAGUCGUCGGAAUUCCAUCGAUAACGCUGUGCUGCCACAUCGACUACGUCCUUCGGUCGUUGCUUCUUCACCACAAAACUCAACGAGUGCUCUACUUCUCUACUAUUCACGUAAUCGAGUGAUUAGAAUUCAAGAAGCAUUUUGUAGGCUCCAGUCUUCCGAAAGUAUAAGUAUAGGCUCAUUGCAGAUGUACUUAUAGAAGGUAGACGCGUAUCUCUGAUGAAAGUGCAGCGGAAUUGGUUUAUAACAGAUUUAGAUAAGUUGAACUCAUGCUCCAAGUCCGUGAUGCACAGCUUGUGCAUGCCCUUACCAUGGUACAAACCCCAUUGCAAUGUAUUGCAGAUCUGGACUUCAGUAUUUGUGCUUUGGAUGGAGUUCAGAGGAUUUCUUCAUUGCUCAAUUCGGCUGGUCACCACACCUGA